UGUUUUUUAUUGCGACGGGUUCAGCACCCACGCCCCAUCAUCCCUCGACGCGUGACUUUACCGAAAGAGCCAAUGAGUGUACAACGAGUUGAGUCAUUCCUGCAGUUGACGAAAGCUUCAAUUCUCGAAUAAGUUAUUCAGUUACCCAGCCCCGCUCGUUGGGGGCGUGUCUUGUACCUCGGAAGUGAAUAUCACGUCACAUCCUGCUGCCGCCAUAACGUAGCGAGGUAACGAGAGGCUGCCGUUGAAAUCUGAGUCUCACGCAGUGUGCAUGCUGACGUCACACAUCUCCCACCCUCCGCGUUGGCCGUGGAUUCAUUCAAGACAAGAAUCCAAGUCUCGGACGAAGCCAGCUGUCGCUUCCUCUGACGCUUCCUCUGCAGAAUUGGUCUGAUGGAGCACAGGCAGUCAGCGCGGCUCGGUACGGCAAGGCAACAAUCCGACCAGCGUGCAUACAGCACGGAUCGGACUGAAAUUUUGACACAGCAUCAGAAAAAACACACGGGAGAAAAACCCUUCAAGUGCACUCGGUGUGAUAUGGCGUUUGCAGAUUCAUCAACUCUUCAAAGACACCAGAGAAAACACACGGGAGAGAAACCCUUCAAGUGCAUUGUGUGUGGGAAGGCAUUUUCACAGUCAUCUAAUCUUGCAAAACACAAGAGAACACACACAGAAGAGAAAUCCUUCAAGUGCAGUGUGUGUGGGAAGGCAUUUUCACAGUCACAAUAUCUUGCACGACACCAGAGAACACACACAGGAGAGAAACCCUUCAAGUGCAGUGUGUGUGGGAAGGCAUUUUUACGGUCACAACAUCUUACAAUACACCAGAGAACACACACAGGAGAGAAACCCUUCAAGUGCACUCUGUGUGGGAAGGCAUUUUCACAGUCAUAUGAUCUUGCAAAACACCAGAGAACUCACACAGGAGAGAAACCCUUCAAGUGCAGUGUGUGUGAGAAGGCAUUUUUACAGUCACCACAUCUUGCAGCACACCAGAGAACACACACAGGAGUGAAACCCUUCAAGUGCAGUGUGUGUGGGAAGGCGUUUGCAGGUCCAUCAAAUUGUCAAAUACACCAGAGAACACACACAGGAGAGAAACCCUUCAAGUGCAGUGUGUGUGGCAAGGCAUUUUCACAGUCAUCUGAUCUUGCAAUACACCAGAGAACACACACAGGAGAGAAACCCUUCAAGUGCAGAGUGUGUGGGAAGGCAUUUUCACAGUCCUCAAAUCUUGCAACACACAGGAGAACACACACAGGAGAGAAACCCUUCAAGUGCAGUGUGUGUGGGAAGGCAUUUUUACAGUUGCAACAAAUUGCACAACACCAGAGAACACACACCGGAGAGAAACCCUUCAAGUGCAGUGUGUGUGGGAAGGCAUUUUCACAGUUACAACAUCUUGCACGACACCAGAGAACACACACAGGAGAGAAACCCUUCAAGUGCAGUGUGUGUGGGAAGGCAUUUUCAGAGUCAAGUGAUCUUGCAAAACACCAGGGAACACACACAGGAGAGAAACCCUUCAAGUGCAGUGUGUGUGGGAAGGCAUUUUCAGAGUCAAGUGAUCUUGCAAAACACCAGAGAACACACACAGGAGAGAGACCCUUCAAGUGCAGUGUGUGUGGGAAGGCAUUUUCAUACUCAUCUGUUCUUGCAAGACACCAGAGAACACACACAGGAGAGAAACCCUUCAGGUGCACUUUGUGCGGGAAGGCGUUUGUGUGGUCAUCUAAUCUUGCACGACACCAGAGAACACACACAGGAGAGAAACCCUUCAAGUGCAGUGUGUGUGGGAAGGCAUUUUUACGGUCACAACAUCUUGCAAUACACCAGAGAACACACACAGGAGAGAAACCCUUCACGUGCAGAGUGUGUGGGAAGGCAUUUUCACAGUCCUCAAAUCUUGCAAAACACCAGAGAACACACACAGGAGAGAAACCCUUCAAGUGCAGUGUGUGUGGGAAGGCAUUUUCAGAGUCAAGUGAUCUUGCAAAACACCAGAGAACACACACAGGAGAGAAACCCUUCAAGUGCAGUGUGUGUGGCAAGGCAUUUUCACAGUCAUCUGAUCUUGCAAUACACCAGAGAACACACACAGGAGAGAAACCCUUCAAGUGCAGAGUGUGUGGGAAGGCAUUUUCACAGUCCUCAAAUCUUGCAACACACCGGAGAACACACACAGGAGAGAAACCCUUCAAGUGCAGUGUGUGUGGGAAGGCAUUUUCAUAUUCAUCUGUUCUUGCAAGACACCAGAGAACACACACAGGAGAGAAACCCUUCAAGUGCAGAGUGUGUGGGAAGGCAUUUUCACAGUCCUCAAAUCUUGCAACACACCGGAGAACACACACAGGAGAGAAACCCUUCAAGUGCAGUGUGUGUGGGAAGGCAUUUUCAUACUCAUCUGUUCUUGCAAGACACCAGAGAACACACACAGGAGAGAAACCCUUCAGGUGCACUCUGUGCGGGAAGGCCACGGAUCGGACUGGAAUUUUGACACAGCACCAGAAAAAACACACGGGAGAAAAACCCUUCAAGUGCACUCGGUGUGAGAUGGCGUUUGCAGAUUCAUCAACUCUUCAAAAACACCAGAGAACACACACAGGAGAGAAAUCCUUCAAGUGCAGUGUGUGUGGGAAGGCAUUUUCACAGUCACAAUAUCUUGCACGACACCAGAGAACACACACAGGAGAGAAACCCUUCAAGUGCAGUGUGUGUGGGAAGGCAUUUUUACGGUCACAACAUCUUGCAAUACACCAGAGAACACACACAGGAGAGAAACCCUUCAAGUGCACUCUAUGUGGGAAGGCAUUUUCACAGUCAUAUGUUCUUGCAAGACACCAGAGAACUCACACUGGAGAGAAACCCUUCAAGUGCAGUGUGUGUGAGAAGGCAUUUUUACGGUCACAACAUCUUGCAAAACACCAGAGAACACACACAGGAGUGAAACCCUUCAAGUGCACUCUGUGUGGGAAGGCAUUUUCACAGUCAUAUGUUCUUGCAAGACACCAGAGAACUCACACAGGAGAGAAACCCUUCAAGUGCAGUGUGUGUGAGAAGGCAUUUUUACGGUCACAACAUCUUGCAACACACCAGAGAACACACACAGGAGUGAAACCCUUCAAGUGCAGUGUGUGUGGGAAGGCGUUUGCAGGUCCAUCAAAUUGUCAAAUACACCAGAGAACACACACAGGAGAGAAACCCUUCAAGUGCAGUGUGUGUGGGAAGGCUAUUUCACAGUCCUCAAAUCUUGCAACACACCAGAGAACACACACAGGAGAGAAACCCUUCAGGUGCACUCUGUGCGGGAAGGCGUUUGCACGUUCACAACAUCUUCAAGAACACCAGAGAACACAGAAGCAUCAGAAGAUCCACAAGGAGUGGAGUCUGAAAUCAGCUUGUGAAAGUCAAAGUGCCAUAAGGAGCCCAUCCCUCAUGAAACAAGUACCGGAAGAAAAUCCCAGCUUGGGCACUUUGAAAGGUAUCAAGGUGAAAUUUGAAGAGGUGAUUGUGAAAUGUGAAGAGGUGACGUUGAAGAGCGAAGAUGUGAAGGUAAAAUGUGAAGAUGAAAAUUCGACUCCAGAAUGGGACCUUCACAUCGGUGGAGGCAACGUGAAGCAAGAGGGGAAUUCUGACUGUGAGGCAGAGCGAGGCAACUCGCAGCAGUUUGUGGAAGUGGAGGUGUGGGUGGACUUCCUCGACAAUAUAAAGUCAAAUGGAGACUCGGUAGAUGUGUAAGCUUGAGACGAUGUCGCUCCCAAUAGAUGCACCUUUGUCACAGGCCUUUAAUGAAAAUAAUGUGAAGUAGAACAUUGAAAUCUUAGGUUCAACCUGUAGGGUAAGAACGGCCAGUCUUGGUGGAUCUGUUGGUUGGGUAGAUAUCUCACCAGGAGCAUCGGUGUUUCACACUGAACCAUAUGGGAGCCUUCAUCUGGCUCUUGUGAGCCUCAGUGAUUCACACUGAAGCCUAUGGGACCCUUUGUCUGGGUCUGUGAGCCUCAGUGAUUCACACUGAAGCCUAUGGGAGCCUUAGUCUGGCACUGUGAGCCUCGGUGAUUAACACUGAACCCUAUGGGAGCCUUAGUCUUGCUCUGUGAGCCUCGGUAAUUAACACUGAACGCGAUGGAUGGGAGCCAGUGACAUGGCGUGAGGUCAGUGGCUGGGGAGGCACCGGGGGCGUGGCCUCACCGAGGGGGGGGGUGUCUGACACGCCCCCCCCUCAGUGAGGCAGAUGUGAUAGCUGCCUCCCCUGGUGCUUUUUCAUUGGAGUUUCAUGACGAGACCAGCGAGCCUACGUAUCUUUAUGCACAUACAGUAGAACCUCUGGUCACGAAUGCUUCUGACCACGACCAAAUUGGGUUUCGACCAAAACAUUUACAGCAGUUUAUUUAAUCUGGUCACGAACACAUACUCGGGUGGCGAUCAAACACGGCCGCUUUCCCCUUCCGCGCCAUUUUUGUUGUUGAAUUACACAAAGCGUAACAGUUAUGUAUAUAUAUUUUGCUAUAUAAAAUUCCUAGUAAGAUAUGUAUACAUUUUGUAAGUGUAGUCAUACCCGUCCCCCCUCAUUCAAGCCAUAAUUUAGAGAGCGAAAACGCUGAGUACGUAAAUCGCUAACAUAAGAACCCGUUAAUCUCUUCUCGCAUCAUUCAUACGAUGAUGCGGUGAAGUAAACGUUCAUACGAUAUUACGGUGAAUGCUUCCAAAAACAAUACUGUACCCAGAUAUUACUGUUAACUUUCAAUAGAAACAUGAAUUGCUCAUACGAAUAUUCUCUUCCAGAAUCGACCGACUGAUGUAGCAGACGAAACAGUAAUCUUGUUGAAUGAUUCUACACCUUGACGCGGCAAUGUUAGUUUUCUCUGUUCAAGGUUUUCUCAGUGUUAUGCAAUGUUUUUACAUUUAGUUUCCUAUUACACUGAAUUCUAUGGCAUAAUUAACUAUUUUUGUGCUUAAAAAUCUUUUUAAAACUCUAUAUACAGUUUGUAGGAGUCUGGAACGGAUUAAUCGUACUUACAUACAAUCCAAUGGGGAAAUUAAGUUUGAGUCAUGACCAAAUCAGGUUGCGACCAAAGUUAUGGAACGAAUUAUGAUCAUGACCAGACAUUCUACUGUACUUGAACUCAGUUACCUGGACUAUGGAAGGCGAGGACAUGUAAUGAAGGGGUCUACACACAUUCCAUUGGUGACAUGCUGAGAUAGUAACAGGCACACCCUUACUGCCCGAGUUCCAUCCAGUGUCUGAGGGGUUGCGCAAUCGGAGGGGAGGCUGAGCGCGUCGCUGCCUCACCUCUCGUCUCUCCCUGUACUUGCAGCGAAGCUCCGCAAAUUUGGCGAUUUUGACUAUAAAUAAAUAAUUAAGAAAAACACUUGUUUUUUCAUACGUGCUUUUAUGAAAUGUACUAGUAAUGGCAGAACUCCACGACUCCAGGAAAUGGCCCCGAAGCUUGCCAUAACGUAAGGGACAGUGGCCAAUUAUAGCCAACGUCAGUUGACUGUGGGGACAAUUAGACCGAAACAUAAUAUAUAAAAAAGAAUGUUUAAAAAUAUAUUUUUUUUAAUGAUAGAAUAUAGUAUUGUCAUCAGUAUGACAUAAGUAUACCAAGUUUGCAGUCGAUACCACAUUGGGAAGUUGGUUAAAAUUGAGUUACAAGAUUUGAGAAUACGACAAAAACGACAACAGACAGUUAAAAUAAAAUAUUUUAAAAUACUUUUUUUAAAAACACGCUUUAAUGAAAUGUACUGUCCGAGCUGCCCCUGCCCCCUUCUCUCAUCGCUCCUCUUCCACAUGCCCCGGCCCUGGGCGUGGCUCCCCAAGGCUUGCCGUGACGUAAGGGACCGCGGUGAUUUACAGGCAACGUCAGGUUGAGCGUUGACAAUUAUAGCCGUAAAAAAGAUUGUAAAAAAAUAUUUAUUUAUUUUUAAUGAUAAAAUAUGGUAUUGUCAUCAGUAUGACACACCUCUACGAAUUUUGCAUUCGAUACAUUGGGAAUACGGUUGAAAUUGAGUUACAAGAUUUUUGGAUACAACACAUACAGUAAAUUUAAAUAAAAGCGUGUUAAAUGUAAAAAAAAAUCUAUGUUUUGGAUUUUGUAUGAUAUAAUAUCGUGUUGUCAUCAAUAUGACAUCGCUAUACCAAGUUUGCAGUCGAUAGCACAUUGGGAAGUGUGUAAAAUUUGAGUUAGAAGAUUUCGUUUUUGAGGAUACAACAGACGAAGUGAGUUAAAUAGAAGCGUGUAAAAAUGAUUGGAAUCAUCUUCUUGGUUCUUUCGGUAAAGUCACGUAGAAGGGAAAUAAUAAAAAUAAAACUUUUUAAAAUAAUUCUCACGACGUUUCGGCCACAACGCAAGCAGCCGCCCUCAGGUGACAGACCUGCUUGCGUUUUGGCCGAAACGUGAGAAUUUUAUUUUAGUAUGUUUUAUUUAUUGUUUUAUUAUUUCCCUUUUACGUGACUUUACCGAAAGAACCAAGAAGAUGAAUCCCUGCAGUCACGAAAACUUUAAAUCGAAAAUGAUUGGAAUCGUACAGAAAUGACAUAACACCCAAUUUCAAAGCAGAUGCGGUCCACCCUUCUGAAACGCCCUGUAAUUUACGAGUUUUGAAUAAUUGUAACCAAA